UCCAAUCACCACCACUGAGACCACCUCACACAGUACUCCCAGCUUCACUUCUUCGAUCACCACCACUGAGACCACAUCCCACAAUACUCCCAGCUUCACUUCUUCAAUUACCACCACCGAGACCACCCCACCCAGUACUCCCAGCUUCACUUCUUUGAUCACCAGCAUGGAGACCACAUCCCACAGUACUCCCAGCUUCACUUCUUCAAUCGCCACAACCAAGACCCCCUCACACAGUACUCCAAGCUUCACUACCUCAAUUACCACCACGGAGACCACUUCACAUAGUACUCCCAGCUUCACUUCUUCAAUCACCACCAGCAAGACCCCCUCACACAGUACUCCCCCCUUCACUUCUUCAAUCACCACCACCGAGACAACCUCCCACAGUACUCCCAGCUACAGUUCUUUGAUCACCACCACUGAGACCACAUCCCACAAUACUCCCAGCUUCACUUCUUCAGUCACCACCACCAAGUCCCCCUCACACAGUACUCCCAGCUACACUACCUCAAUCACCACCACCGAGACCACCUCACACAGUACUCCCAGCUUCACUUCUUCAAUCAUCACCAGCGAGACCCCCUCACACAGUACUCCCAGCUUCACUUCUUCAAUUGUCACCUCUGAGACCACACCACAGAAUACUCACAGUUUCACUUCUUUGAUCACCACCACCAAGACCACAUCCCACAGUACUCCCAGCUUCACUUCCUCGAUCACCACCACCAAGAUUCCCUCACAUAGUACUCCCAGCGACACUACCUCAAUCACCACCACUGUGACCCCUUCACAGACUACUCCCAGCUUCACUGCCUCAAUUACCACCACUGAGACCAUAUCACGUAGUACUCACAGCUUCACUUCUUCAAUCAUCACCAGUGAGACCCCAUCACACAGUACUCCCAGCUUCACUUCUUCAACCACGACCACCGAGAGCACUUCAUAUAGUACACCCAGCUACACUUCUUCAAUCACCACCACGGAGACCCCCUCACACAGUACUUCCAGCUUCACUUCUUCGAUCACCACAACCAAGACCACCUCCCACAGUACUCCCAGUUUCACUUCUUUGAUCACCACCACUGAGACCCCCCCGCCAAGUACUCCCAGCUUCACUUCUUCAACCAUGACCACCGAGAGCACUUCAUACAGUACACCCAGCUUCACUUCUUCGAUCACCACCAUGGAGACCACAUUCCACAGUAUGCCCAGCUACACUUCUUUGAUCACCACAGAGACCACCUCACACAGUACUCGCAGCUUCACUUCUUUGAUCACCAACACCGAGACCAUAUCCCGCAGUACUCCCAGCUUCACUUCUUCAAUCACCACCAGGGAGACCCCCUCACACAGUACUUCCAGCUUCACUUCUUCAAUCACUAUCACCGAGACCACCUCACACAGUACUCCCAGCUACACUACCUUAAUCGCCACCACCGAGACCCCCCUGCACAGUACUCCCAGCUUCAUUACCUCAAUCACGACUACCAAGACCACCUCACACAAUACUCCCAGCUUCACUUCUUCAAUCACAACCAGCGAGACCCCCUCACACAGUACUCCCAGUUUCACUUCUUCAAUCACCACCACUGAAACCACCUCACACAGUACACCCAGCUACACUUCUUCGAUCACCACCACUGAGACCACCUCACGCAGUACUCCCAGCUUCACUUCUUUGAUCACCACUACCAAGACCACUUCAGACAGUACUCCGAGCUUCACUUCUUCGAUCACCACCACUGAGACCACAUCCCACAGUACUCCCAGCUUCACUUCUUCGAUCACCACCACCGAAACCACCUCAUACAGUACACCAAGCUACACUUCUUCGAUCACCACUACCAAGACCACCUCACACAGUACUGCCAGCUUCACAUCUUCGGUCAGCACUACUGAGACUACAUUGCACAGUACUCCCAGCUUCACUUCUUUGAUCACCACAACUGAGACCUCAUCACACAGUACUCCUGGCCUCACUUCCUCGGUCACCACCACCGAGACAACCUCACACAUUACUCCUGGCCUCACUUCUUCAAUCACCACCAGUGAGACGACCUUACACGGUACUCCCAGCUUCACUUCUUCAAUCACCACCACCGAGACCACCUCACAAAGUACUCUCAGCUUCACUUCUUUAAUCACCACGACUCUGACAACCUCUCACAGUACUCCCAGCUUCAGUUCUUCAAUCACCACCACCGAGACCACCUCACCUGGUACUCCCACCUUCACUUCUUCCAUCACCACCACUGACACCAGCUCACAUAUUACUCCAAGCUUCACUUCUUCAACCAGCUACUCCACAGUCAGCACAUCCACAACUGCCAUCACCUCACAUUUUACUACCUCAGAGACUGGGGUGACUUCCACACCUGUAACCCCAGCUUCUCUGAGUACAGACAUCCUGACCACAACCGUACGAACUCUCACCCCCUCAUCUGUGGGAACCAGCACUUCAUUGACUACAACCACAGAUCUUCCCUCUAUACCCACUGAUAUCAGUAGGUUACCAACCCCAACACACAUCAUUUCAUCUUCUCCCUCCAUCCAAAGCACAGAAACAUCAUCCCUUGUGGGCACAACCUCUCCCACCAUGUCCACUGUGAGAACGACCCUUAGAAGUACUGAGAACACCCCAAUCACUUCCUUUAGCACAAGUAUUGUUGUUACACCUGAAACCCCAACACAGACCGCUCCUGUACUGACAUCUGCUACCGGGACCCAAACAUUUCCUGUACCUACUACUGUCACCGUUGGAAGUACAGACUCCUCCACGUCCACUCUUCACACUCUUACUCCAUCAACAGCCUUGAGCACGAUCAUGUCAACAUCACAGGUUCCCAUUCCUAGCACACGUUCCUCCACCCUUCAAACAAGUGCUUCUACUCCCUCAUUGCAAACUUCACUCACAUCUACAAGUGAGUUCACUACAGAAUCUUUCACUAGGGGAAGUACAUCUACAAAUGCAAUCUUGACUUCUUUUAGUACCAUCAUCUGGUCCUCAACACCCACUAUCAUCAUGUCCUCUUCUCUGUCUUCUACCAGCAUAACUCCACUGUUCUAUACCACCACUCAUUCUGUUCCUUCUUCAGCAUACACUUUCAGUACAGAAAAUAUGGGCUCCUCUUCUAUCACAGCCUUUCCUACUCUCUCUUCCUCUGCAACCACCAGCACUUCUCCAACCAGCUCCUCUCUGACCACAGCUCUCACUGAAAUAACCCCCUUUUCUUAUAUUUCCCUUCCCUCCACCACACCCUGUCCAGAAACUAUAACAAUUACCAUAGUCCCUGCCUCUCCCACUGAUCCGUGUGUUGAAAUGGAUUCCAGCACUGAAGCUACUUCUCCUCCCCCCACCCCAUUAACAGUGCUUCCCUUUACUACUGAAAUGGUCACCUGUCCUAGCUCCAUCAGUAUGCAAACUACCCUUGCUACAUAUAUGGACACUUCUUCCAUGACGCCAGAAAGUGAGUCCAGCAUCACAACGAAUGCUUCCAGUUCCACUGGCACUGGGACUGUACCCACAAACACGGUUUUCACAAGUACUGAAAUGCCCACCAGUGAGACCUGGCUGAGCACCAGCUUUGUGACCCCCCCACAUCUUCCUGGCGUCUCUACCAUCCCACUCACCACGAAACCAAGCAGUAGCCUUCCGACCAUCCUGAGGACUUCAAGCAAGUCAGCACACUCCUCCCCAUCCACCACCAGGACUUCAGAGACACCAGUGGCCACUACCCAGACUCCUACCACCCUUACAUCGCGCAGGACAACUCCCACCACUUCUCAGACGACCACACAGUCAACGUUGACCACCACUGCAGGCACCUGUGACAAUGGCGGCACCUGGGAACAGGGCCAGUGUGCUUGCCGUCCGGGGUUCUCUGGGGACCGCUGUCAGUUCCAGACCAGCUGCCUCAACGGGGGUCAGUGGGAUAACAUCAAGUGCCAGUGCCCCAGCACCUUCUAUGGUUCCCGUUGUGAGUUUGCUGUGGAACAGGUGGAUCUAGAUGUAGUGGAGACUGAGGUGGGCAUGGAAGUAUCUGUCGAUCAGGAGUUCUCGCCGGACCUCAAUGACAACACUUCUCAGGCCUACAGGGAUUUCAACAAGACCUUCUGGAAUCAGAUGCAGAAGAUUUUUUCAGGCAUGCGGGGCUUCACCUUCAAGGGUGUGGAGAUCCUGUCCCUGAGGAAUGGCAGCAUCGUGGUGGACUACCUGGUCCUGCUGGAGCUGCCCUUCAGCUCCCAGCUGGGGAGCCAGUACGAGCAGGCGAAGACGACGCUGAAGGAGGCGCUGCAGAAUGCCAGCCAGGAUGCGGACAGCUGCCAGGACUCCCAGACCCUGUGUUUUAAGCCUGACUCCAUCAAAGUGAACAACAACAGCAGGACAGAGCUGACCUCGGAAGCCAUCUGCCGCCGCGCCGCUCCCGCGGGCUACGAGAAGUUCUACUUCCCCUUGGAGGAGGCCACCCGGCUCCGCUGUGUCACCAAUUGCACGUCGGGCGUGGACAACGCCAUCAACUGUCACCAGGGCCAGUGCGUUCUGGAGAGGAGCGGUCCCACCUGUCGCUGUUACUCCACGGACACGCACUGGUUCUCCGGCCCGCGCUGCGAGGUGGCCAUCCACUGGAGGGCGCUGGUCGGGGGCCUGACGGCGGGCGUCGCGCUGCUGCUGCUGCUGCUGCUGGCGCUGGGCUUCUGGGCGGUUCGCUCUGGAUGGUGGGGCGGUCAGCGCCUAGACCGGUCCUGGGACCAGGACAGGAAAUGGUUCGAGAGCUGGGAUGAGGAAGUCGUGGGCACUUUUUCAAACUGGGGUUUCCAGGACGACGAAAACCCAGACAAGGAUAAAAAUUUCCAUGUGGCCUUGGAGAAGGUGGACACCACUAUGAAGGUGCACAUCAAGAGACCCGAGAUGACCUCGUCCUCAGUGUGAGCCCUGCGGGCCCCGUCACCAUCGCCUCUGCCCUGCCCGGGACACAAGGCUCUGCACUGCGUCCAUUUCAAGUGGUGGCCCCAGGACGUGGGCAGCUCAGGCUCCUGCUGUUCUUGGGCAAAAUGAAACUGUUCCCCCAAAUCCCAUCCUUGUCUUUCCAACUUGGCUGAAACCCAUCAGGAGAUGCAGUUCAGGUGCAGGCUCUUCCACUGCGGAACCUUGGGCAAGUCAGUAAGGAGCCUCAGUUUCCUCACCUGCAAAAUGGGUACAACAUUCCUGUGUGAUAUCUCACACCAUUGUUGUGUAAACCACAUGGACUUGGUCAAUUCUGGGUCCUACUCUGCCCUCCCGUCUCAGCCCUCAUGUUGCCAUUGCCUCUCUCGGAUCCUCCAAUCCUCAUGUCCUUCGCCUGGUCUCCGGCCCUGGUUCCUAUUUUCUCUCAAUUCCCUACUGCCUGUUUCUUACUUUGAACCUGGAGGCAGCCUGCAGCCCAUCCCAUCUCCUGUCCUCUCCUGAUCUAACUCCCUGCUGUGUCUCUUGCUCUCAUUCCUUAGAUGUCCUCUCCUUCUGACACCGUUCCUUCAAGCAUCCUGCCCCCCAGUCCCCCAGCCCUAAAUCCUCCCUCCUCUCCUCACAUCCUGGUCCCUAGCAAGGUAUAGAUAGCCUCUGUGUCUUAGGAUACCCCAGCUGCUGUUCCCCCCAUCACCCCGUUGCCCAAUUCCCCAUUUCUCUUGUUCUCAUUCCUUGUAUCUUCUCCCCUUCUGAGCCGGUCCAUUCAUCGGUUCUGCCUCUACUCCCCCAGCCCUAAAUACCCUGACUGCUGUUUCCCCCCAUCACCCCCCUACCCGAUUCUCCAUUCUCCACCCCUUUCUCUCACCCCUGGAGCCCCCUGGGGGGUUCAGGGCAUGAAUUCCCCAGUUCCCAAGGAAAGGCAGCCCCCUCAGUCCCCCUCCUCCUCACUCCCUUCAAUCUCCCUCCCCUCUCACCUCACCACUGCCUUUUAAACCCAUCCCCUCCUUUUCCCCUCCUCCCCCCUCUCUGGCUGGUGUCACCUCGAUUCCUGCGGUAACUCUGACUCCUGAAAUCCUCAAUCUCCUUGGCAGCGAAGAUCGGCUUCGGGGACCGGAAGUCGGCACAUCUGCAGGUCUCCAUGUGAACACAGUAUAGAGUUUAUU